UAUGCGUGCAAAAAUUAAUAGAAGUUAUGAAGUUAUUGCUGCUUACGACCUUACUAGCGGUUCUGCAAUCGCAAGUCCUUGGCGACGACUAUUGCUUUGGAAAAGACACAGAAAGACCGCAAACAAGGCAUUUUACUUCGAAGACAGCAUAUCAAAUUAUUAAAGGAACAAAUUUUGAUUCAUUUUAUGAUGUACCCGGCUGCACAGCAAAGAAAAUCUGGAUCUUGCAUAGACAUGGAACAAGAUUGCCUUCCAAAAGCACCAUUGAAAAGGCUCCCAGGCUAGAGGAGUUACGAGACUCAAUUGUGAAAAACUAUCGUGUUUUCAAAACGAAACCGGCUACUAAUGCGCUUUGUCAGGAAGAUUUGAUUGCAUUGCAAAUGUGGAAGUGGAAUACCAGUAUUACACCUGAUCAAGAGAACUACUUAACCAGUCAGGGCUACGAAGAUCUCAGAGGUACAUCAAAACUCUAUCAAAAAUAUUAUCCUGAAAUCUUAACCAAGCCAUACAAUAAAUCGGUGUAUUUGUUUCGUCAUACUGAUACACAAAGAACUACAGAAAGUUUCAAAGCUUUCACUGAAGGACUUUUUGGUGCUAACAACGGUGCUCAGGAAGAACAAGUGCAAGGUGAUGACUUACUAUUACGUCCUUAUGACUAUUGUGAAUCAUGGAAAGCACAUGAUUAUAGCAGUUCCACGUCAGAAACAGGCAAAUUCAGAAAUUCAACCAUAUGGAAUAAUACGCUCGAUGAAGUCUCUAAACGUUUGGGCUUCCAGUAUACAUUGGAAGCAAGUGAUGUUGACCUCAUGUAUGAUAUGUGCCGUUACGAACAGGCUUGGCAAGUUGAUCGCACCUCUGUUUGGUGUGCGGCUUUCACUCCUGAGCAGGUUACGAUUUUCGAGUAUGAGGACGAUUUGAAGUACUACUACAAAUUAGGCUACGGUUUUGAGGGUAACACACGUCUUAACUGCCGCGCUGUUAAGGAUAUGCUGAAUCAUUUAAAUACUGAUAGUCUACCAAAUGUUGUUGCCUAUUUCGGACAUUCUUCUGGCGUACAAACUCUAAUUACCGCUUUGGGUAUUAACAAAGACGACAUUAAGCUCACUGCUGCUAAUUACAAUGAAUUGUCCUACCGCCGUUGGAAGACAAGCAACAUUGAUCCUUUCGCU